AUGUCAAAAGUUGCAGUUGCUUCUCCAAAACAAAAUUCAAACAAAAAAUUCUCUCAGGAGAAAAUAGGAAAGUUCGGAGAACUAGUGAUUAAAAUGUUACCCGAAGAUCUUGCAUUCACUCUAUUUUUGCCUUCAGAAAUAGCAUUUGAACGCGAUUUGAGAUUGAGUCCAACGGAGAGUUUGGUUGGAGGGAAAGCAAACGAUACGCUAGCGAUACUGAGUCGAAUACUCGGAUUUUCAGCUGUACCGAGAACGAUUUAUUCUACCGAUUUGCAGCGUGGCAAGGAGAUUAUUUAUGAUUCAAUAUCGGGAUUUAAUUUGUAUUUACUGAAGGAUUUUAGUGGGAAGCUAGUGGUUAAUGGUGUUAAAUCAGACUAUAUAGAUUUGAAAUUAAGUAAUAUAUUAGUGCAUGUUAUGGAUGGGGUGAUUAUGGAUUCUGAAUUUGAGGAAUCUGUGCAGCCUGAUGAAGAAGAAGCUCCUUUCCUAUUUUUGUUGAUUGAUCUGUUGGAAUUGUUUCUCCAAGUGCAAAGGUAUGAUUUUGAAGAGGUGUACCCUCUUGGUUGGUACGGCGAAGAGUGUGAUUAA